AUGCUUGCAAUCUCCAUUCUGCUCUGCCCAAUCUUCUACCUCCCAAUGAUCGGCUACCAAUCAAACGGUCUCAUUCGAUAUGUACCAUUGAAUCUAGCCUUCCCAGCAAUAUUUACAGUUUACUGCUUGCUAGGUGUAGUCGUUUCUGUUAUGGAUCUAUUCCACUAUCGUCUCAAGGCUAUCUCCUCGAGAAAUAGCGGCACGAGGAAUCAGAAAAUUCGAAGAUACCUCCAACGACUCGUCUACAUGACAUAUAUCAUACUGUUGUUCACUGCAAUAUCCUACUUGGGGUUGCUAACGGUUCAAAGCUCACAGCCGACAAUCAAACCAAUGAUUUUUGAGAAAUACCACAUGUCCGAAGUGUGGUGUCCGAAAUUUCUCGUCUCCGAUCCCUACACUUGGCCAAUUAUCCUUGCAAUCUGCACAACAUUCAUAUUUAUCUUGUUUGUUGGCUCAGUGGUCUUAUUUUGCGGCGCUUUCACACUGCUGAUUCUAUUAGCGUCGCGAAAAGACUUGUCAGAGUACACGUUGAAAGUUCAGAAACGAUUUACGACGGUGUUGAUUGUGCAGGCAGCUGUGCAUGUAAUUUUUAUUUUGGGGCCUAUUAUAACGAUUGUGGCAUCUGUAUACUUUGAUAUUUAUAUUAAUGACGGCGGUCUUGCGUUCUUUUUCGUUGAAGCCCACCAAGGCACCGCCUCCACUCUCGUCUUCAUUUUCACCCAUUCUGUCACUAAAAAAAGUGUCAAUUAUGCAGUUAACAGAGGUCGAAAGAUUGUUGGUCUCCACCCGUCAAACAACAUCUGGAGUGUGUCGAAAGUGGAAGUUCGGAGCAAAAGCGUAGUCUAG